ACGUGGCCGGCUGACUUUGUGCGCCCGCACCUCCGUUUUGCGUCUGCUCCACUACGCCGCAAACGGUCCGCAGCAGCGAGGGGACGGUGGUUACCGAGGUUACGGCUGCAUCGUCUGUAAAACCGUCGGACGUCCGCGGGGAGCAUCGAGGAAACGCGUCGCAGGCCACGACGACGUCCCCCAGCUACUCUCGGCUGUCGCGCUUCGGCCGCGCCAAGUGAAAAUCCCGUCUUCGACCGAGGUCAGAGGGCCGUUUUUUCGUUCUCGCGUGCUCGACAAUGGCAGAUAUGCCAGCGAACGUGGGCAUCACGCGCAAAACGUCCUUCGGCAUCAACGGCAAGCUCAACGGCUUCGAGAGCAAGACGCCCUUCCUGAUAGGCGUCUCCGGCGGCACCGCGAGCGGAAAGUCUACAGUAUGCAAGCGUAUAAUGGAAAAAUUAGGGCAGGUCGAUAUGGAUCACCAACAGCGUCGGGUGGUGUGCAUAUCGCAAGACAGCUUUUAUCGUAAUUUAACGCCUGCUGAAAAGGUGAAAGCCGAGAAGGGACAGUAUAAUUUUGAUCAUCCCGACGCCUUCGACGAUGAUCUAAUCUUGCAAACGCUGCAGGACAUACUUGCCGGCGUCAAGUGUGAAAUACCAGCUUAUGAUUAUAGGACAAACAGUUUAAUGAAAGAUCAAGUUACCACAAUAUAUCCCGCGGAUGUGGUAUUGUUUGAAGGAAUACUGGUAUUUUAUUUUCCCAAAAUUCGAGAUUUGUUUCACAUGAAAUUGUUCGUGGAUACCGAUUCCGAUACCAGACUUGCUAGAAGAGUGCCAAGAGAUAUAAAGGAACGUGGAAGGGAUUUGGAUUACGUCUUGAAUCAAUACAUGAACUUUGUGAAACCAGCUUUCGAGGAGUUUUGUUUGCCGACAAAAAAAUUUGCGGAUGUUAUAAUACCGAGGGGAGCAGACAAUACAGUGGCAAUAGAUCUAAUAGUGCACCACAUCUGGGAUAUUAUGCGUUUGAAAAACGCCGAAAACUCAGCCGGGCAGCAUCCAUUCCUCUACCAGCGUAGGCGUACCUCGGCCUCAUCCGACACGCUCAGCAGAUGACUUAAGCAUGAUAAGCUCACUCUGUCAAGCACUGCAUUUUUUCUACAUCACGCUCUUAUGUAUGACUGAAUUCUCUGCGACAUUUUCCAAUCCCCUUUUCUAAUAAUAAACGGAGAAGUAAUGUCCGUUUUUUUUUUUGAAUGCAGGAUUACUCACAUUUAUAUCAUUGAUAUCAAUUGGCAGUAACUUAAAUAACAAAUAGAUUAAGACAUACGACGUAAAUAGUAAGUCGAGUACAUAAAAGAAAGAGAACACGUAAAUGCGAUAAAUACUUUUGCUAUAAUAUUUAUCUAAUUAGAUUGAAAUAACUUCUGUCGAGAUCAAUCAACUGACUGCGACAAGUAUUAAAUUUUUAUACGAAAACUUUGUAUUUACUAACGUCUAGGAUUUUUAUUUCUGCUGUGAUACUUUCACAAACGUCAGAUUGUGUGGUCAAUUGAAUACAAUAUGUCUUCAACAAUUCAAAUUUUAUACAAUGAGAACGGACAUUGUUUAUUCGCCAACUACGUAUUACGAUCUUUGACGGAUUAUAUCUUACAUUUACAAGGCGGAGAAAAUGGUGCUUUUUUAUACAUAUUUUAUUCCGAAUGAAUACAUUAGCGUGAGUUAAAUUACAAUUCCAAAUCAUCGAAAAAUGCAUGAAAUUGCGUAAAUCCACUAAAAAAAUAGAUGAGGAAGAGAUGUUGACGUACAAGCAAUACUUACAGUUAACACAGCUGAAUUCUUAAUUUUUCAACUCUGGAUUUUUAUCUAAUAUUUUCUAAUACCUUUUUAAAGUUUUUUUCUA